CAGCCUCCAGCUAGAAUCAGCGACAUCUCCCCCAAUCUCACUUCCUCCAACAUAUAAUCUCUCUCUCUUAGAUUACCAAUCAUUUGGGUUUCUCUCUCUCUCUGUACCAAUCAAUAGGGGUUUUUGCAGUUGAAUCACAGUCCCAUAACCCAAGAUGAAAGCUUCACUCAAGUUUCGCGAAGACCAAAAGCCCUUGUUCCGAGCCAAAAUUCCUUUAAACAUCGUGGGUUUUCCGUUCCAAUCCGGUGUCGUCGCCGGCGAAUCCAAAGAACUCUCUUUGAAUCUCAGCACUUUCUUCGACUCUGGCCCAUCGUUCAAGUUCGCUUACCGUCCUAAUGAUUCUAUCAACCCUUUUAGCCUCGUCUUCAAAACCGGUAUCGGUCAUUUCGGCUCUCCAAUAUCUAGCUCCGUGACCAUGAGUGCCGAGUUCAAUUACGUUGGAAGUCAAAACCCUAGCUUCUUCGUCCAUUUCAAGCCUCAAUUCGGCGAUUUCAAUAUUAAGAAAUCACUAUCUUCAAAUUUCGUGAAGAAGAUUGACACCAAAACAAAAGGUGUCGUAUUGGAUGAGGACAAUUCAGUCGAGCUCACCGAAACUCCGAUGAUCAAAAGUGGGUACUUAUCGGAUAAAAAAUUGUUUUCCGGGAACAAAAUUAUUGUUCUUCCCUCAAACUCGCCGGCGUCGGGGAUGGUGGAGAGUGUGUUGUCGGGUAUGGAGUUGAGUGCGAGGACGACGGUUCCGGUGAGAAACCGUGCGAUGGUGAAUUUCCGGUGGGGUGUCAGAUUCCCGGCGGAGGAAGAGGCGGCGGUAGUGGUGGGGAGGAGCGAUCGGAUGGCCGGGAUUGCUCUCAGGAGGAUCCCGCUCCUUGUCAUGAACAAAAUCGGGAUCGAACACGUGGCAAAAGAUGAGUCCAAGGAGACUAAAAAAGUGGGACAAGAUUUGAAUUAUGUCAAAAAUGCUGACGUGGCAGGAGCGUGUUUGGAUCCCGAUUCACCGGGCGGCGGCGGUAGUGAGAUGGGGAAGUACAGGGAAGGGGAGAGAGGAGGGAUUAAAAAUUUGGGUAGGAGAAGUAAUGGCGAUAAGAAAUCAUCGGAAUUGAAUGGUUUUGACGGGAAGGACAAGGAAGGGAAUGUGUAUGCGGAGUUGAAGAUGAUGGGUGGUGGUACUGGUUCCUGA